AAGCCAUUCAUGCCAUUUUGGUUUACAGCCAGAGUGUAGAAGAACUUCUGAAACGCAGAAAAGUCUGUCGAGAAAUACUUUUAAAGUAUUUGACAGCACAAGAGAUUCCAGUGCCUCCUUCCUCUGAGAAACAUCUGCUCAUUGACCGCGUAAAGCAGCACUGGAGCGGGCAGCUGGCGGCACGUGUCGUCGAGUCAGGGGAGAGAACACCACACGCAGAGGGUCCUGGGGAGAGACAGAAGUCACUAGAAGAUGACAUUCGUGAUCUAGGAGAAGAAUUCUGUCAGUGGUUCUUUGAUCUCCUGAAUUCUCAACAUCCCUUGGGAGUGACAGCUGAAGAAAGAUGGGGACCCCAGCAUUUUUGGGAGGAUGCUAAAAUGAAGUUCUGUUACAACACAUUAGAAAAAAACAUGGAAGAGUAUGUUGGUGCAGAAAUGGUGAGCCUUCGUCUGCUCUCGUUGGUUAAAGAAGAGUAUCUUCUGUUCAACCCAAACUUGCGUGCCAACGGACUGAAAUGUGCCAUGUCUCCACACGGGUUAGUACUGGUGGCAGUGGCUGGCACAGUACUCAGAGGCAACACUUGUUUAGGCAUCUUUGAACAAGUAUUUGGACUCAUUAGCUGCCCUGUUAGAGAGAAUACCUGGAAAAUAAAAGUUGUGAAUCUUAAGAUUCUUGGAGAGAAUGCUCUGGAGCCUGGGACGCAAAUUGAAAAACCCUCCCUAAAAUAUGAGUCAAACCAACUGCGGCAGUUUUAUGAUGGGAAAGAGCUGGCCGUGUUUGAACCUCAGAAAUUCUGA